AUGACUUUCUCAAUCCCUCCCACCCACACGUCUUGUGAAUUUGGCACCGCCAUUAACACAAUUUACAUUUUGUUUACACAUCCCGUUCGAUGGCCGCCAGUUUGCUGCAGGAGAAACCACAAUGGGGACACGUGCGUGUGUGUGCGUGCGUGCGUUUGUGCGAGUGCAUUUGUGCGUGUGUUUGUAGAGUGAAUGUGUGAGUGUGUGUGUGUGUAUGUGCAGAGAGAACUAUAUUGUAAGAUACAAGUGAGAAGAAGGGGAAAAAAGCAUAGUACUUAUUUUUAUGAUGAAUUUUCUUCUUCUACGAGCAUUACAGGAAACAGUCGGUCAAAGGCUGUCGGCGGCACGUUGAUACACUCUUCAUGGCCUCGUCGGCUCUCCACUCAGAAAAAUGAAUCCAAGGAUUGUUUUGUGGAUGAUUCUCACACUCUUUCAACAAAGAUGUGCCUUGUCGUCAAACUACACUCUCAGUCAGUGGCCAGCACAGUUAUCCUCGCUGCGCCAAGGAGAUCCAGUCCACCUCCUGUGCUCGGUGCUCUUUGACCAGAAAACCGACAGGUGUUCAGGUCGGCACACCAUGCACUGGCUGAGAGCUGGAUCCCGUUCUGGUCUUGUCCAUGUCGAUGGAAAGACCAAUGAAGAAUGCGACGGGUUGAGUCCCAAACGAUGCAUCUAUAGGAUCUUCAUCAAUGUCAGUGAGUCGGAUGGCGCCACCUACUACUGCGCUCUCGAGGCUUGUGGAAGCCUCGUGUUUGCAACAGGAACAAAACUGGACUUGCAUGAAAGAGUGAUGCCAUUUGAUGGUUCACACAAAGAAAUUCUUCUGGUUUUUUCUUCCAUCAUUGCCUUAAGUCUGCUGGUCAUCGCCUUACUGAUCAAUGUCAUCGUGAAAAACAACACAGCUUGUUUUUCAAAGCAAAGCAAGUACCCUUGUGAUUUUCAAGGCCCUCCGACAUUAAAUAAGGAAGAAAAUGCCCGGCUUAACUCAACUGUGGUUUUCAGCAUGGUGGAAAGCAAUACGCUAGAUGCAGCACAGACCAAGGCUUCGCUCUUGACUUGCACCGUACGUGCUAAAAGCUAGCUCACUAGCUAAAUGCGAAUUACCAACAAUACUGCUGACAAAAAUAUGUUUCUAUUGUCAUUACUUGAAGCUGAAAAAUUCUUAGUUGAAUCUUGCACUGACAAAUAUAAAGCAACGUGAAUAAAAUUUCUGUGAAAUAAUA